AUGGGUUGCUGUUUCAGCUCCGCCGCGCGCCACCCACAUGCCCGAAACCCCUCAAGACCCGACCUUUCUAAGCCGAACCAUCCGGCGGGGCCAUGUAGCAACACGUACGCGACACAGGCCGCUGCCACGCUCGAAGCAGAAGAAGAAGAGGAGGCCGUCAAGGAAGUUCUCUCCGAAACGCCUCUGCCGAAACCUCACCCUCCACCUCAAACAACAACCAGCGGCAAUGCAGAAUCCGAGGCUCGAUUCUUGCCUAAGCUUGGAGAAUGUGCACUGGAAGCCCAAACUCCGACCGGAAACAAAGAAGAGGUUGUCGCCGAAGCUGUUUCGGAGUGUUCGGAGCUAUGCAGCGUCGGCGAGAGCUUCUCCACCGCCAGCGCCACUACGACGACCACUGCUACUACCGUCGCUGAGAAGGAGGCCGAAGUGACGAGCAGAGAUAAAGGAGAAGUCACGCAGAGAGUGAUCAAGAGAUCUCCGAUGAAGGCGCAGAGGAACCGUCCCUACAACGGGGAACAGGCGGCGAGGCGAGCGGCCAGAUCUCCGGCGAAGAAGCCGGUGGUGCCGAGGACGACGGCGGCGGCGACGCAGCAACGGAGCCGCAUGGGGACUACAACUGCCGCAUUGCGGCGAGACCAGAGCGAUGGCCUCGGCAGGCGGUCGAGGUCGCCGGCGGCCAGGAACGGCGGUGGCGGGAGGAGGAGCGUGGUAGGGGGUAGUCCGUCGAAUAAGACCGGGAAUGCCGGCGGCAGGUCGGCGGCCACGUCGGCCGGAGACGUGGAUAAGAAGGAAGCGGAUGCGGGUGGGGAGAGAGGAGACGAGGGCGAUUCGAGGCAGGGGAAUGAGUCCGUUGAUAACCCUCUCGUCUCGUUGGAGUGCUUCAUCUUUCUGUGA